UCUUUUUUGUAGUAAAUGAGUUGUAAUUGUACAAAUAUCUUUACAUUUGUUUUGUGAGGUUCCAACAUGAAGAAUGUCACUGAAGUUACUACAUUUGUACUGAAGGGCUUCACAGACAAUCUUGAACUGCAAAUUAUCUUCUUCUUUCUUUUUCUGGCAAUUUACCUGUUUACUCUGAUGGGAAAUUUAGGGUUGAUUGUAUUGGUCAUUGGGGAUUCCCGGCUCCACAACCCCAUGUACUAUUUUCUGAGUGUGUUAUCAUCAGUGGAUGCCUGCUAUUCUUCAGUAAUUACUCCAAAUAUGUUAGCAGAUUUUCUGUCAAAGAAUAAAGUCAUUUCACUCCUUGGAUGUGCAACACAGAUGUUUCUCGCUACUACUUUUGGGACCACGGAAUGCUUCCUCUUGGCUGCAAUGGCAUAUGAUCGCUAUGUGGCAAUCUACAACCCUCUCCUGUACUCAGUCAGCAUGUCACCCAGAGUCUAUGUGCCACUCAUCAUUGCUUCCUAUGUCAGUGGCAUUCUGCAUGCUUGUGUGCACACAGUGGCCACAUUUAGGCUACCCUUCUGUGCCUCCAAUGAAAUCAGACAUGUCUUUUGUGACAUCCCUCCUCUCCUUGCUAUUGCCUGUUCUGACACUCACACAAACCAGCUUCUACUCUUCUACUUUGUGGGCUCCAUUGAGGUGGUCACUGUCCUGAUUGUCCUGAUCUCCUAUGGCUUCAUUCUGUUGGCCAUUCUGAGGAUGCGUUCUGCAGAGGGGCGGAGAAAAGUCUUCUCUACGUGUGGCUCUCACCUAACUGGAGUGUCAAUUUUUCAUGGAACCAUUCUCUUCAUGUAUGUGAGACCGAGUUCCAGCUAUGCUUUGGACCAUGACAUGAUAGUGUCGAUAUUUUACACCAUUGUGAUUCCUAUGCUGAAUCCUAUCAUCUACAGUUUGAGGAACAAAGAUGUGAAAGAGGCAAUGAAAAGAGUGUUUGGGAAAAAUGGGUGUAUCAAUACAGUACAUUUUCAAGCUAACUAUUAA